AUGCCACCCUUAAGUAAAGCAAAACGUGCUGCAAAGCAACAUGCGCGUAAAAAAGGUGGAGAGUUUACCUUAAGAACUGAUAAAGAAAUACUUGAAGAAAUGCUACAUGAACUUGAAGGUAGUGAAGAAGGAAUGUUAAAUAAAUCUAAAGAUGGUAAUGAAAAAGAGAUAUUAAAUAAACCUGGAGGUGAAGGUGAUGAAAAAAUGUUAAAUAUAUUUGAAGAUGAUAAGGACCUAUGGGGUGAUAAAGAAGAUAGUGGUUGGGAAUCAGAAAGUAAUGUUAAGAUAGAAGAGAAGAUUAAAAAUUGA